GAGGAGGAGGUCACGGCCACGCCAGUCCGAAGAGGACGUCUACUUCUCCAAGUCAGACCAGCUGAAGCCCCUCAAGACCUAUGUUGACCCCCACACCUAUGAAGACCCCAACCAAGCCAUGCUGAAGUUCACCACCGAGAUUCAUCCGUCCUCCAUCACCCGCCAGAAGGUCAUCGGCGCCGGUGAAUUUGGGGAGGUCUACAAGGGCACCCUGAAGCGUGGGAAGAAGGAGGUGCCCGUGGCCAUCAAGACCUUGAAGGUGGGCUACACGGAGAAACAACGGGUGGACUUCUUGAGUGAAGCUGCCAUCAUGGGCCAGUUUUGCCACCACAACAUCAUCCGCCUGGAAGGGGUCGUCUCCAAAUACAAGCCCUUCAUGAUCAUCACGGAGUACAUGGAGAACGGGGCGCUGGAUAAAUUCCUGCGGGAAAAAGAGGGGGAGUUUGGCGUCAUCCAGCUGGUGGGGAUGCUGAGGGGCAUCGCCGCCGGCAUGAAGUACUUGGCCAACAUGAACUACGUCCACCGGGACCUGGCCGCCCGCAACAUCUUGGUGAACAGCAACCUGGUGUGCAAGGUGUCUGAUUUUGGGCUCUCAAGGGUGUUGGAAGAUGACCCCGAAGCCACCUACACCACCAGCGGAGGGAAGAUCCCCAUCCGUUGGACAGCCCCCGAGGCCAUCUCCUACCGCAAGUUCACCUCGGCCAGCGACGUCUGGAGCUACGGCAUCGUCAUGUGGGAGCUGGGGGGCGGGCCUUCCGGGGACCUCUCCAACCACGAGGUGAUGAAGGCCAUCAACGAGGGCUUCCGCCUGCCCGCCCCCCUGGACUGCCCCUCUGCCAUCUACCAGCUGAUGAUGCAGUGCUGGCAGCAGGACCGUGCCCGGCGCCCCAGGUUUGCUGAUGUGGUCAGCAUCCUGGACAAGCUCAUCCGAGCCCCCGAGUCCCUCAGGGCCUUGGCAGACUUCGACCCUCGGUGA